AUGAUUGACAUUAACCUGCUGAGAGCUGACAAGGGCGGAAACCCAGAACUGAUUCGAGAGUCUCAAAGAAAGCGAGGCGGCGAUGCAGCAGCUCUUCUUGUUGACCAAGUGCUUACUCUGGAUGAUGAAUGGAAGAAAGCCCGGUUUCAAGCUGAUGAACUCAACAAGAAAAUCAACCAAAUCGGCAAGGACAUUGCUCCACUUGCCAAGGCAAAAAAACUGGACUCUCCUGAAGCAUUGAAGCUUAAACAGGACAAGGAAGAUCUAUUGAAACUGAAACAGGAUCUCACUGAACUUUCUGUUCAAAAAGAAAAACUACUGCAGUCUAAGCUGCGUUUGAUUGGUAACACUGUUCAUGAAAGUGUCAUUGUAUCCAAUGACGAAAAGGACAAUUUGGUUAUUGAAAAGUGGUGGCCAAAGGAUCGUACUGAGGCAGCAGAAGUAGAUCGUCGUGCCCAGUUGAUUAAAGAUGGCAAAGGCGUUUCUGGACUAUAUAGCCAUCAUGAGGUUUUGGAAAAAAUUGGUGGUUACGAUCCCGUUCGAGGCACCAAUGUUGCUGGCCAUCGCGGAUACUUUUUGACCGGACCUGGCGUUGAUCUCAACUUGGCAUUGAUGCACUAUGGUCUUGAUUUUCUUGAAAAACGUGGCUACACUAAACUAUGGACUCCGUUUUUUAUGAAGCGUGAGGUCAUGGCCAAGACUGCCCAGCUGGAAGAUUUUGAUGAAGCUCUUUACAGUGUUGAAGGUGAAGCGGGAGACGCAAAAUACAUGAUUGCUACCAGUGAGCAACCUAUUAGUGCAUUUCAUUCUGGAGAGUGGUUUUCUGAAGCCGAUGAGCUGCCUAAAAAGUAUGCUGGAUCAUCCACCUGCUUUAGAAAAGAGGCUGGCGCACACGGUCGUGAUACCUGGGGCAUUUUCCGUGUCCACCAAUUUGAAAAAGUGGAGCAAUUUGUACUCACUCAUCCUGAAAAGUCUUGGGAAAUGCACGAAGAAAUGAUAGAGGUUGCCAAGGAGUUUUACAAGAGUCUUGGUUUGCCUUACCACGUCAUCUCGAUUGUUUCUGGUGCCUUGAAUAACUCAGCAGCAAAAAAGUAUGAUCUUGAAGCCUGGUUUCCUUUCCAGGGCACUUAUAAAGAGUUGGUAUCGUGCUCCAACUGCACCGACUAUCAAUCCCGCGAACUUGAAAUCCGAUUUGGCACUAAAAAGGCAAAUGAUGUGUCCAAAAAGUAUGUCCAUGCACUCAACUGUACAUUGACUGCUACGGAACGUACCAUCUGUUGUAUUCUUGAAAACUUUCAAACUGAAACGGGUGUGGUGGUGCCUGAACCCCUUCGCAAUUACAUGGGUGGAAAAGACUUUUUGCCUUUUGUAACAGGCUCGUUCAAGGUAGCUGCAGAUGUUGCUUCUCUCAAGAUCUAGGAUGACAAAUAUUAUGCUUGCAUUCAUCUUUCAAUUACUCACAUGAUUUCAAGUAAUAAACCCACAAUAUCUGCAAUA